CAUUCUGAAUUUUUCUUUAUUUGCAGACUAAAAAACAUGGAAGGGUUUAGUGAUUUCUCAUUAGUCCUUGCACUACCCAAAGAUGAUGCCUUUUUUGAGAAGAAAAAGAAAUUGUUGCAGCUCAGGGGCUAUGGACCUGAGAUACAAAUUCCAUUUUCAUCAUCAGAAGACCCACUGGUUGCAUUGCAAGUAAUGGUGGAAGUUGCAAGAAUUAUACACCUGGAUGAGCCAGAAUUGUAUUUUGGUGGGGUUGAAGCAAUUCUGCCAUACUACAGCCCCAGGAAUGAGUUGGAAUCUCUUAAUUCAGUUCUUAGGCUCAUUGAUAUGACUCUCAAGGAUGCAGCUGAGAAGAAGAUUGAUGUUUUGCUUCUUCUGCGAAAUGCGGUGAUAGAAAUGAUUAGAGAGUUUGGGGAUAAGAGUAGUGAGGAAACGGGGAUUGUGAAAUGUGUUUGUAAGGGUGAAGAUGAGUUGGUGGAAUGGGGACGAAACCAUGGUGUGCAGACAAAGCUGCAGAUUGAUUAUGUUGAAGGAGCUGGAAGAGGAGCUGUUGCAGCAGAAGAUUUGGAAGUUGGGGAAUGCGCUUUGGAAAUCCCCGUGUCAAUAAUAGUUUCUGAGGACCUUGUUUAUGAAUCUGACAUGUAUCAUAUACUGAAACAAGUCGAUGGAAUCGCCACUGAGACGAUGUUAUUGUUGUGGAGUAUGAAGGAGAGAUACAACUCCAAUUCAAAAUUUAAACUCUACUUUGAGACAUUACCAGAAGCAUUUAACACAGGAUUGAGCUUUGGUGUCGAGGCGCUUACUUCUUUGGACGAAACUUUGUUGUUUGAAGAGAUUAUGCAAGCAAAAGAGCACUUACGCACGCAAUAUGAUGAGCUCUGUCCUGCAUUAUGCAGCAACCAUCCAGAUGUAUUUCAAGAAGAGUUAUACACAUGGGAGAAAUUCUUGUGGGCAUGUGAGCUUUGGUAUUCUAAUAGCAUGAAAGUCAUUUUCAGUGAUGGAAAGCUGAGAACGUGCCUCGUUCCCAUUGCAGGCCUGCUCAAUCAUUCGCUAUGUCCUCAUAUACUGAACUACGGUAGAGUUGAUUUAGCAACGAACUCAUUAAAGUUCCCUUUAUCAAGACCAUGCUUGAAAGGCGAACAGUGCUAUCUUAGUUAUGGGAAGCUUUCUUGUGCCCAUCUUAUAACUUUCUAUGGUUUUCUUCCAAAAGGAGAUAACACAUACGAUACCAUUCCACUUGAUAUUGAUGGUCCCGAAGUUGAGGAGGAUUGUUCUAAAUCUGAUUGGACUACUCAUAUGGUGCGGGGAACAUGGCUCUCAAGUAAUCACGAGAUCUUUCACUAUGGAUUGCCACCUCCAUUGUUGAAUAAGCUCCGUAUCGCUUUGAGUGGUGCUACCGAUAACCAUAAAGGCGUUGAAAUUGAGAGAGAAGUACUGGAAACUCUCUACUCAAUUUUCAACCCUAUGCCGGAGGGACUUGGCGAGGCAGAAUGCACCGACGGGGUAAAUCUUAGUUGGGAUGUGAAGCUGGCAGUGGAGUAUAACGAGCUACAGAGGAAGAUCAUCUCUUCCGUUUUGGCUUCAUGUUCCAGUGGUCUUGAGAUACUGUGAAGCUUCGAUUCAGUCUGUGAUUUAACCAAGCCAACACAUUCCUAGAACCACAAGAACUAAGUUCCGAACAGAGGUGCCAAGAAAAUCAUUCACUCAAAGGAUAGGAAUGUGGUCUGCUUACAGCUUACUGUAAAAACAUUUUAUCUUUUGUUGGUAGUGGGAGCUUGAUUUUCUUCUAUUAUAAGCUUCGUUUGCUGCUGUUUAAAGCUAUUUCACUAUGUCAAAUCCUUAGCCUAGCACAUUAUGGCAUUUCUAAGAAUAAAUGCCGACACCACCACUACCUCAGAAAAAAUGUGGUCUAAAAUAUUGUAGUUCAAAGAAUGUAGGAUGACUUAAGAAAGAACGCAUG